GCCUGACUCGCUAACGUGCAAGUUCACUUUUAUCAAAAGGAUGGAUGACUCCGGAUCCUCUUCAUGUACAUCCAGACUUCCAGGGUACUGGAUGCCAUGUGGCACCUUAGAACCACUAUCGGGUCAGGAUACUCUUGAUGUACAUCCAGACCAGAGUCCCAGACUCCUAGAGGUUUAGAUGCCAUGUGGCACCCUAUAACCCACUACCGGACUGCCCACUUUUCCUUUUCUUUUCUCAUUUUCAUUUUCAGUUCUCCACUCCUAAUUCCCAAACUAUUUCUUCUUCGUUAAAUACGGAAAAGAUACACGAUUUUUAUUCCUCUGUUCAUUUCCUUCUACUUCUACAAGGUUCAUCUCGCUUCCAGCGACUAUUCAGUAUUCACACACUUCUUACUUCAACCGCCAAAACUCAAAAUGUAUAUCUUCUUUGGUUUCAACUUUACUCUGCAGAAUCCUUAAUCCUCAAACCUUCGAUUCAUUUCGAAAUGGCGGCCAGAACGGCCAGACUUGGGAGAUCAGCCUAUGCUGCUGUGAACGCAGGAAAGAGCGGCUGCUCUGCUUUUAUUCACACUCGCUGCUUACUGCCUCGCGCUGCUGAACUCUCUGGUGUGACAAUCGCUUUGAAUGGUAUCACUUCGGUUGCUUAUUCACUGACCGGAAUCACAGAUGGAGUCACUGACAAUGUUGUUAAGUCUGUCAAGUCCUUGCAUGGCGUGGAGAGAGGUCUCCUUCGCCAGUUUCACUCCUCCACUCCUUUGUACUCUGCUUCCACGAGCUCCUCCCAGGAACUGACUUGCAACCAUGAGAUCGUCGAUAUCAAUAUACCAAGUCAAAAAAGAAGUAAUGCACAAAAUUGGUGCGGAUGGAUGUACUUUUAGAGCUUGAUGACCAAAACCCGUAGUCUCCUUAAUUUUCGUAAAUGAUACCUUCUUAAUUUCUCAUAAAGGAUGAAAGGGAGAGGUGUGUCAGGAGUAUUAUGCGAUAAAGCGCAUGCCUGCUAACCUCAAGGGAAAAUUCUAUAGGACAGUAAUACAACCAUCACUUGUGCAGCGGAGUGUUGGGUAGUUAAGAAGAGUAAUUUGAAUAAAUUGAAUACAACAAAGAUGAGGAUGUUGAGAUGGAUGUGCGGCAAGACUAGGAGAGAUAGAGUGAGAAUGAUUGUAUUAGUAACGAAUUAAGGGUUGCACUGAUCUUGGACAAGCUCCGCGAGAGCCGGUUGAGGUGGUAUGGUCAUGUUCAACGGAGACUUAUGGAUGCCCUAGUAAGGAAGAGCAAUUAGAUUCAAUUUGAUGGAGCCUGACGAGAUAGGGGAAGGCCUAAACUUACUAUUGACAAAAUAGUAAGAAAAUAUAUGCAGAUGGUAGGGCCCGAUCCUAGUGUGACUGCGGAUAGAGUUAUGUGGAGGACAAGGACUUGUGUAGCCGACCCCUUGUAGGGGAUGCUCUUGUGAUGCUGCUUUGACUUCUUCUUUAACUCCUUUCCCCCUCUAUUUUACUUUCCCUUUGUUACUUUUUUAUAAUUUUUAUUUCUAUUACUAUUCUAGACCAUAUUAGAUCCAUGUAGCUGAUCCCAUUUAGUUGGGAUAAGGUUAUGAUUGUUGUUGUUGAUGAUGCUAGUUCUUGUAUGACAAUGCAUUUAUGCAAACAAGUCUUUUUUUUUUCCCUAGGUUAUUCACAGGGUUUUUUACUCAUGCAUUAAAGAAUUGUAUAAAUCAAGCAAAUGAAACUUCAAAUAGUGGAGAGAUUUCAUUAAAAAUAAAAAUGAAAGACAUUUAGCUAGACUAUUAUCCCACCUAUGUGUCUUCAUUCUUUGUUGCACUUUGUUUUUAUGGAUAUCACAACAUUGAUAAUCUUUGUGACAACUGUCGGCAGCAUGAGUUCUGCUAGUCUAUUAACAAUAUUACUCUCAAACACAUGCCACAACUGCCACCCCAAAAGCUCCAUUCUGCAUCUAGAAGUGGCGGCUGUAUGAGAAGAAGACUGAUAAUUUGGUAACCACUGGUUCAGUUAUUCUGAUCCUGUACUGGAAUACUGGAACUCUCUUCUUGCCUUUUCACUAC